AUGGCGCAGGCGGGAGAUGCAGGGCCGGCGGCUGAAGGCACGCCGCGCACGGCCGGCGCUUCAUUCACGACUACCGAGGAGCUGGACGCGCGCCUCGAAGGAACAAUCCCCCGGCCCUACCGAUCCUGGGAGCCUCAGGGACCAGACGCCGGUCGCUGCCGGGACAAGGCGAAGAGGGCGCUGGCGGCCUUCAGCACCGCGACGCGGUCGGCCGCGGCGCUCUUUUGCGCAGGCGCCAUGCGGCGGUCACACGCGGCCGCGUCCUGCCCGGAUGUGGCUCUCAUAGAGCCGCCGUGCCUCGUGGCGGGCAGCGACAGCUGCGUGGACAUCCACUUGUCUCGGGAUUUGCGCGACAAGGAAACCCUGAGGGUGGAGCUAAGGAGGGGUGAACAAGUCCUCGCGGGGGGAACCAUAAUGGCCGGAGAGGGGAGAGUGGUGAGCAUUUGCGCCCCGGCCAUGGACAGCUGCGUCGCUCAGAUCGCCAUCACCAACUCCGACAACGAGCUGUGCAUCUCGACCAGCAGCCUCCUGGCCCUUCCAGAAAGCGCGGCCGGAGAAUUCGGGUCGCUGCUGUCCAGAACCAUAGCGGAGGUGCACAACAACAGCGCGCCAAGGAUGGGUUGCUGUCCGUCGGCGUGCCCAAACGAGGAUGCUGAUGUUAGACCAAAUCUGCUGACUCAAGUGUGCGAAGACGCACAGUGGAUGAAGGAGGCUGUCUGGGCGACAUACUUCCGGCCCUUGUGCGCCGAUUUCGCGGCAGUCCUGGAGGACCUCGUGGCGCAUCAGAGGGAUCAGUUAGAUCAGGGUGAUCAGGAAGAUCUCGAGGAUCAGGUUGAUCAAAUAGAUCAUUCCGAGGAUCUGCGUGUGCAGCUGACGACGUACCUCAUCGCCAACCACAUGUGGACGAGCGCGUCAUUCUUGUUGACGACGUGUAUGAGAUCCGGAGUUCGCGUGACGCUUGGUCCCUUCAGGCUGGGAGAGGAUGACGUCACGCCCCACUGCCUGAAGCGGCACUUCUUCCUGGUGGGAACCGGCGUCGCGGGGCCCGUAGGCGGCGGUCAAAUUCCCGUCGACGCGGUCAAGAAAAUCGGACCGCUUAGGAAAAGGAGCGGCGAGCUCAACCUGGAAGAGACGGAGGACGGCUACGUAUUCGCGUUCCGCUGA